CUGCUCACUGCUCACUGCUGCAGUCGGAGCGUCUUCGAUAUAUUGCCGUCCGCUACGCGCACCACCAUUGCACUACGAUUGCUUCGCCUGUAUAUCAUUACAUAGUGGUAAUAGUAGUACGGCACAUCUGUCGCUCCAAUCCGAUAGGUGUCGCGGGGCAAUACGUUCCUCGCCGGCUCACCGCUGCUCGACCGGCAACCCCUUCCCUUUCCCUGUCAUCGAUGUUAUAAACAAAUAACAACAUUACAUCGUACGGAAUCGUAGUAAUCGUAGUCGACCGGCAGUCCCGUUGUUGCGCUCUGCGUGUGUGCCUGUGUUAAACGUAUCUCUUUCGUUGUCUGCCGUUUUACGCGCAAACCAUCGUCUCCACGUUCUCUGGAAAGGCUCGUCGUCGUCGUCGUAUAAAAUUAACAGUACCCAGACGCAAUCGAUUAAUAUUCAGUCAUGAACGGAUUCAAUAAUCAUGAAAUCAACGAAGGAGGUCAUAAGCAUUCAGUUGCACCAUGUAGUUGCUGGACAAUUGGUUUGGUCAAUGUUGAUUCUAAACGUUAUUUAACAGCUGAAACAUUUGGGUUUAAAAUCAAUGCUAAUGGUGCAUCGUUAAAAAAAAAACAAUUAUGGACUUUGGAACCAAGCACUAAUAAUUCAUUAUUAAGUGAUGGUCCUACUACCACAAUUCGACUGCGAUCACAUUUAGAUAAAUAUUUAGCAGUAGAUACUUUUGGAAAUGUGACUUGUGAUGGUGAUGAUCCUACUGAUCCUGGAACUGUAUUUCAAGUUUCUGUAACUGAUGGGAACUCUGGUAGCUGGGCAUUGAAAAAUGUUGUACGAGGUUACUACUUAGGUGCUUCCUCAGAUAAUCUCAAAUGCACAGCGAAAGCAGCAGGAUCCAGUGAACUAUGGCUAGUUCAUUUAGCUGCAAGGCCGCAAGUGAACCUGAGAUCAGUUGGACGAAAACGUUUUGCUCACUUGUCUGAAAACUUGGAUGAAAUUCAUGUUGAUGCAAAUAUACCUUGGGGUGAAGAUACACUUUUUACCCUCGAGCUGCGACCCGAUGAUGACUUCAAAUAUGCCAUACACACAUGCAACAAUAAAUAUUUAUCUAGAGAUGGAAAAUUAGUUGAUACAUGUACAUCCAAUUGUUUGUUUUCACUUGAGUACCACUCAGCUGGUUCUUUAGCUUUGAGAGACAAAGUUGGUGGUUACUUAUCUCCAAUUGGUUCUAAAGCACUACUUAAAACACGAUCACAGACAGUUACCAAAGAUGAAUUGUUUACUCUUGAAGAUUCUUUACCUCAAGCAAGUUUUAUUGCUGCUCUCAAUUCAAAAUAUGUGUCAGUUAAACAAGGGGUGGACGUAACAGCUAACCAAGACGAAAUAUCCGACCACGAGACUUUCCAACUGGAAUUCGAUCCUUCCACUAAAAGAUGGUACAUACGCACAAUGCAGGACAGGUAUUGGACUCUCGAAACCGGAGGUGGAAUACAAGCUGUUGCUGAUAAGAAAUCAUCGAAUGCUUUAUUUGAGUUGGCAUGGCAAGGGGAUGGGUCAGUUUGCUUCCGUGCGAACAAUGGUAAAUAUGUCUCUACAAAGCGGUCUGGUCAUCUGUAUGCAAAUGUUGAUGCAAUUGAUGACGCUUGCAAAUAUUUCUUUUACCUCAUAAACAGGCCAAUAUUGGUAUUAAAAUGCGACCAAGGAUUUGUUGGAUAUAAAUCAUCAUCAAGCUUACGCCUUGAAUGUAACAAAGCAUCGUAUGAAACUAUACAAGUUGAACGGUCAGAUAAAGGAAUUGUAUUCUUUAAAGGACAAACUAACAAAUAUUGGCAUGCAAAUGAUGAAGGCGUUUCUGUAGAAUCUGAUGUACCAGAAGGAUUUUUUAUUGAAUUAAGAGAACCAACAAGGAUAUGCAUUAAAAGUGUUACGGGUUAUUAUCUUUCUGCUGGUAAAAAUGGAAUGUUUAAACUUGGUGAUGGAGAUUAUAACAAUGCUACAAAAUGGGAAUAUUAAUAUGGGAAUUUAAUAUUCUUUGAACACGUGUGCAUUACUAAAUGGGAAAAUAAAAAUUAUUAGCUCUGCUUAUAAAUAUGGGACUUUUUAAAUAUAAAUAUAUAAUACUUAUAUUUAACAAUAAACUAUAAUAUGUUUUAUCAAAUAGUUUAAUGAUACAUAGGUACUCAAGUUUAUUUUAUUAUUUAUAAAUAAUUAUACAUUUCAGACAAAUCUUAAUUCAACUUAUAAACAUAACUAUUAUACAAAAUAUACAUAAAUAUAAUUUGAAUAAACAAUUGAAAUAUUAAAAUAAUAAUUAAUUACACAUAGGUAAUUGUUUAAAUUUAAGUUAAAGUAUCGUACCUUGUAUUUUAAUUUUUUCACAUUAAGUGUCAAAUUUUUUUGUGAUAAAGUUUGAUUUACUUUUAUCCACUUUUAUCAAUUUUCAAACAUAUUUAUUGGUUUAUAGUUAGUAUAAUAUAAAUUGAAUUAAACUAAUACUGAGUUUUGUCAUCAUUGGUGACAAAUAAUGGUCCAGCAAAUAUCCAAUGACAAAUUCUUUUUUAGUAAAACCAUUCAAUAUUGAUUCUAUUUUAUUUUAUACUUGGAUUAUUUUCUUUGUUAUUGAAAUAUGUUUAAAUUACAAAUUAAAUUUUAACUUAAUUUGUAGUUAACAUGGUUUUAAUAAUAACUUUAUGUAUCACAUACAGAUAUACAAAAAUAUAUAAUAUGAUCAUUAAUUCAUAGUUUAUGGUCGUUAUACAAUAAAAAACAAGCAUUUGUAUUCAAAACACUUACUUAUUUAACAAUAAUAAAAUAUUUUUAUGGCCUGGCUUUAAUUUACUUAGAAAUAUAUAUAUUGAUAUAACGAAUCAAUAAUAUAUGUAUAAAAUUGUAUUGUUAUACAAAUCAAAGUUACUCAGAUGUAUACAAAUAAAAUUGGGUUUUUUAAACAGAUUUAUAUUGCUCAAUAUUGGUAUAAUCUUGUUUAAAAUAAAUAUAUUUAUAAACAUACAACAUUUUUUACUAUACAUUUUACACUUUUUAUACAAAAUAAUAUCAUCAUUAGACUUAAGUCAUAUUACAUAAUAUUAUGUAUUAGUCACAUAAUAAUUGAAUUUAUAAUAUGCUCUCAAUUUUUUAAUUAAAAAUAAAAAAGCAAAACAUAACCUCAAUAUUUUCCUAUUGUAUUUAGUUUAAUGUGAUUUAAUAAAAAAAAACAUAAUAUAGAAUUAUUUUUGUGUGAAUAAUGAAGAUAUUUACAAUUUUUAAAAUAAAUAAUAAAUACUAAUACUUUUUUUUAAUAAAAAAUAUUUAAAAUGAAAUGUGCAAUAACGGAAAUGUAAAAAAAAAAAUCAAGUCAUAAAAUAACGGGUUAUAAAAACAACUUGUUUUAUGUUGCUUACAUUAUAUUAUUAAUUUAUAAUAAUAUAUAUGUAGCCCAACUACUAAAGUACAUUUAGUAGAUGAAUAUUGAAUAAGAGGUAUGAGUAAUUAUCCUAAAAUUCAGUUUAUAAUUUAUUUCCAUUGGUUACUAGUCUUCCAAAGAAAUAGAAUACUCAUUUAACCUAAUAUUUAUUAACUUUUAUACAUUUUUUACUCAUUUAUGGAGACUGUUUGGUAUUUAUUAUAAUAUGUUUUAUGAAACUAUUUUUGUGUUAAAAUUACAUUUGCAAUUUUAUACUUGUAAUUUUAUUUUAUAUUUAUUUUAUAUAUAUAUUUUAAUUUUUUUUUUGUUAAAAAUAUGUAUACUUUAUAUUUAUAAUUAUAAUUUAACUAUACCCCUUAAAUGUGUAUUUAUAUAAAUAUUAGCGCUUGACAUUUUUUUUAUAUUGAACAAUUUUUACUUACAAUAUAAUAUAUAUUAUGAUAAAAAAACAAAAUUAUUUUUUGUAAUGAACUACAUUUCUUAAUUUCAUUUUGCUGAAUGAUAUAAAUGUUACGGUCCAUUCUUAUCAAUUCUAAUUAUAGUUCAUUUAUAAAUGCUCCAGAAAAAGAUAAUAGUCAUUACAGGCAUAUAAUUUUUAAUGCCUAUCUAUUUAUUGUCCAUUUAAAUAACAAAAAAAAUGAAUUUUUUAUUUAUUUUAUAUCUAUGAAUAUUGAUUUAUAAAUUUUAAUUAUGAUUUAAUACGUUGACUUAACAUUAAUUUUGUAACACAAUCAAAGUGUAUAACUUAGUCAGAGAAAUUAAAAUAAGUCUUCAUUUUUGAAUUGUAAAAUUUAUGAUUGAAAUUAAGCAAUUCCUGCAGGGAAUCUGAAACGCAUGUUAAGUAUAAUUUAAAUUAUAGUUAAUUUUUCAUGCACUCUAAUAAAUAAUACGAUUAUAUCUUAAAGUAUUUAAA